AUCAAACAGGCUUCAUCGCGCUCUGCUCAUUUUCGCAGUUUGAUGGUCGCGAACACCGAGUUGUCUGAUUUCAGUUAGUAAUCUGAAGCUAAUUAUUAUCCUUUUGGAUAUCUUUUUGUGUAGCAAAAAACACGACGAUCUUAAAAAAGUCGCUCAUUUCUCUGUUUUUUGUGGAGUUUCGCCGGCAGAAGGAAGCGAACGAAAAACUACGUUGAGCAUGGCAGAUGGCGAGGGCUUUGUGGUGCGAGUAAGGGGUUUGCCUUGGUCCUGCUCCACAGAUGAGGUGCAGAGGUUCUUCUCAGAAUGCAAAAUCGCAAACAACGGCACAAGCAUACAUUUCACAUACACAAGGGAAGGACGGCCCAGCGGAGAGGCGUUUGUUGAGUUUGAUAAUGAGGACGAUCUGAAAAUUGCUCUCAAGAAGGAUCGGGAGACGAUGGGACACCGCUACGUGGAAGUUUUCAAAUCCAAUAAUGUGGAGAUGGACUGGGUUUUGAAGCAUACUGGCCCUAAUUGCCCAGACACAGCAGGGGAUGGCCUCGUUAGGCUUCGCGGUCUGCCCUUUGGCUGCAGCAAAGAGGAGAUUGUCCAGUUUUUUGCAGGGUUGGAAAUCGUGCCAAAUGGGAUAACAUUGCCGGUGGACUUCCAGGGGAGGAGUACGGGGGAGGCCUUCGUGCAGUUUGCUUCACAGGAUAUAGCUGAAAAGGCUCUAAAGAAACACAAGGAAAGAAUAGGGCACAGGUAUAUAGAGAUUUUCAAGAGCAGCCGCGCUGAGGUGCGCACCCACUACGAACCCCAGCGUAAGGUGAUGGGCAUGCAGAGACCGGGCCCCUACGACCGGCCGGGCGGUGGCCGUGGGUAUAACAGCAUGGGCCGUGGGGUCUCGUUUGAACGCGUGCGACGCGGUGGAUAUGGAGGGGAUGGUCGUUACGGGGAUGGAGGUUCCUCUUUUCAGAGCACAACAGGGCAUUGCGUGCACAUGAGAGGUCUUCCCUACAGAGCCACAGAGACAGACAUAUACAACUUCUUCUCUCCCCUGAACCCGGUGCGAGUGCACAUGGAGAUCGGCCCUGACGGCAGAGUGACGGGCGAGGCUGAUGUGGAGUUUGCUACGCAUGAAGAUGCUGUGGCUGCCAUGUCAAAAGACAAAGCUAACAUGCAGCACCGUUAUGUUGAACUGUUCCUAAACUCAACAGCAGGGGGUGGAAGCGGUGGAUACGGAGGUCAGAUGAUGGGGGCAAUGGGGAACCAGUCAUCCUAUGGGCACAGCAGUCAGCAAAUGAGCUCAGGAUACAGCGGCGGCUACAGCAACCAGAGCAGCAUGGGAGGAUACAGUGAUUACAGUAAUCAGGGCGGAAUGGGCAGCAGUUACUAUGGAGGAGGCAGCCGUGGCUCGAUGGGAAUGAACGGACUGAACAGCAGCAUGGGCGGUGGCUGGGGCAUGUAGCUUUCGCCACAUGGCAGAUUUCAGCCUGCGUGGUGAAUGACCAGUGACCAGCAUUAAGCAUACUCCUGUUUUUGUUGUUUCCAGUUUUCCUUUGCUCUGGGGCUGGUUUAGUGAAACU